GCAUGGAGUUUGAUAACAAAAAAAACCCACUAACCUGACUACUGGGUAGGUCAUUAUUGUGAACUUAGCAAACAGUAUUGUUCUGAGUAGAAAAGCAGCUGUAGUAGUGUAUUGUAAAAAUAAAAUCUGUUCACAAGUAAGAGCUGAUAAUGUGCUGGACAGGACCCAAGUCAGGGAUCACAGGCAGAGUUGUGAUGUAGGGUUUUGUGUGGAAAUCAAUAAGACAUCUUUGGUAUUUAGUAAAUAUGAAUGGCUGAGAGUAGUCAAGAUUAUUUGGAGAUCCUUCCCGAUGAAGAUGAAGAAGACAAAAUGAAUCGGCCAUCCAUAGAGAUACCUUUACUGGAGGGUGCACACUCGGGAUCUCUGGAUGUUGACCAAGUGAGCCCAGAGUUCCCCAUGCAGUCUUCCGGUCAGUACCGACCAGUCAGUACGACUAAAACGUACGACUAUGCAGACUGUCCACAUCAAUACGAGGAACUCCCACAUCCUCAGCUACAGCCCAAUGGCAUGUCUCCAGAUUCCGUGGACACUCAUUCCUCCAAUGGCACCACAGUUACAUCUGGAAUACACUCAGAGCAUGAGGAGAUGGACGGGGCAGCUCAGUCAUCAGAGGAGAGGAAGAGGUUUAACCCACUAUAUGAUGCCAUGAUCAACACCUCCCCCGUCAUUUACAAUAAAGUGAAUUCUACUGUGAAGGCUAAGCAGGACCUGACAGUGAUGUCACAGCUGAGACUGCUGAAGCUGGCUCUCCUCCUUCUAAUACUCAUCUCCAUUGCUUCACUCUUCAUCAGUAUCUAUGUUGUCAUUGCAUUUAGUGAUGGUCCAGAUAAGGUAGCAUCAUUAAAGAGAGAGUUACAAAGUCUACAGUCCAAUUAUACCAACAUAAAAAUGAAGAUGAUGAUUCUGGAAUCACUUGUUGCUGGCAAUAAGUCUUUUGAAUAUAUCAGUGACCUUGAUGAUAAGACAAAGGAAAAUAUAUCAUCACUACAUACAAACCUCCUACAUACAAAGACUGACAUUAAUCAAAUUGAAGAUCACUUAAGUUACAGUUACCACAAUCUCACUUCCAUCAUAGAAUCCCAGAAUGCAACAUUUCAGGAACAACUCCUGAAUAUCAGCAAAAUGCAGGGACCUCAGGGUCCUCAGGGUGUGGGUAACCUCAGUGCUUGUUUUAUGGAGGAAGAAGUUUCCACCUCACCAAUUGACACAACGUCGACUUCCACACUAAAUCCUUUUCCACCACGGGAAUAUUUGGAGAUGAGAUGGUUCAUGUGUGUGCUUCUUUGUAUUUCACUGUCACAAGCUCAAAGUUGUUCUAAAUAUAUUGAUCUUAUAAUUGUUGUGGAGUCCUCCAAUGCUACAUCGUUGGUCACUGCCGACGGUAAACGGACAUGGCACCCGGCAAUCCAGCUGUUCCUUACAAGUCUGUUGGAUGGCAUCACUCUUGGUGCCGAGUUCUUCCGUGUAGCCAUUGUGCUCUACAGUUCCGCGGUUGAUGAUGUUAUGACUUUUUCUGUCGACAGACAGUUUGCACAACACGCCAUCUCUUACUUGCGCCCGAACUUCGAAGGAGCAAAUUUACAUAUGGGUCUUGAGGAAAUGAACCGAAUGUAUCAGUACUACUCACGACCAGGCGCCACUAAGCGCGCUUUACUGGUCACUGGAUCACAAAUUGACGAUGACUCUAGCACGUUUGCUGAAGUUUGGCAAGCACGUAUCAUGAAUGUGGACCUCCUGGCUAUUGGUUUUGGUGAAAACGUAAUAGAAGAAGAGUUAAAGCAGAUUGCUUCCGAUUUUGCCGUGACCAUAGACCCAGUUGACGGCAUUUGGUCUUCCUGGAUGAACUGGAGCACGUGCACGGCUUCUUGUAAUGGUGGCUAUCGCUCACGUGCACGUUCCUGCAAUUCACCUCGGCCCUCCCUAGGCGGUCAGCUUUGUGAUGGCAUGCCAAGUCAGACAGAAAUCUGCAACACACACGGCUGCCAAGAUGAAUGGGGAGUAGGGAUUUGGUCUACGUGGAGUGACUGUUCCAUUUCAUGUGGGUCAGGCAGACAAGUAAGGACCCGCUGGUGCCAGGGACAGUGUGGGGGCAAGGAGGCAGACACGGAGUUCCAGUCCUGCUCCAAAGCAGACUGUCCUUCUCCUGUUGAUGGUGCUUGGACUGAGUGGGAAGCAAGGAGUUCUUGUGAAUGUCACACAAAGACACGUCAAAGACAACGGGAAUGUUCAAAUCCUCCACCAUCCAACGGUGGCAAACCUUGCUCUGGUUCCUCAGAAAGUAGACAAGCCUGUCCCCAAAUUGAUACAACACAGUGCCCCGAGAACGGUAGCUGGUCGUCAUGGUCGGAGUGGAGCACAUGUUCAAAGUCUUGUGGGGAAGGAAUUUCAUCUCGAACGCGACAUUGUAACAGACCGCCGCCACGUAAUGGCGGAGCAUAUUGCUCCGGGACGAAGUUUGAUCAACGUAGAUGCAAUCUAUACGCAUUGUGUCAAGAUUGUCCAUACAAACCCUCACAACAAGGAGACAAUUGGUACUUGAUGAUCCUCUACGACUCUUGGGUACCACAGCGCUGUUCUGAUGGUGACGUUUUCUCCGCGAAUGUUUGCAAAUGUAUUGCAAACAAAAACAUCGCCGACGCUCCAAGAUGUGAUAAAGUUUUAAAUCUGGAUUUUCUGUCAAAUGCCGAAAAUGCUCAGAAACUGGAGUCAAUGUACGAUACUUUACGAUACGACGGAAAAGGGAAUGCAGUGUUCAAUAAAGACACUAGAAUAGUUUUAUGGCAGUUUUAUCAAAUGGAGCUGGACUCCGGAUUUAGACUGUCUGUCAGAGUGAAACCAAACGGUGACCUUCAUUCAUCAAUGACUUUAUUAAGCUAUGGAGACUGUGCCUCAAACAUGCAUCCGUCCGUAACGAUCAUGUUUCAAACUCUUGAAGAAAAAAUUGUGAAAGUGAUAUUUGGACUUUCUUUACAAAACAAAAGAAUGAUGUCCUUUCUUAAUGUAACCUCCAAGGUAGAUGACCACCUUGAUUUAACUCUCCACUUCACUGGAAGAAGCUUUGGAGGUGAAGUGAACAAGAAACUCUCAACGAUCACAUUUUCUGAAACAGAAUAUUUACAAAGGCAGCGAGGUCCUUUGGUGUUAGGAAAAAAUGUAUGUUCCAACUCUCCUGGUUUUCAAGGACUUAUAAAUCAGAUACAACUCUACAGCUGUUAACAUCCUGUGUGUGCUUCAUCUUCUCCCAAUAAUACAAAGGAAAAAAACCCCAAAAUUCUCAAACUGUAGACAUUUCAUUUUCGAUUUUUUAGGAAAUGUUAUUAUAUGACAUGAGCAUUCAUAUUCAGAGCAACAUCAAUC